CAAAUUACAAUGAUCACCACCAUAUAUAUCCUCUUAUUCUUGAUUCAAACAUAUAGUUACACUCCAAUCAUGGUACUCACGUUUGAAAGGAAAAAGUCCAUGUUGUUUCUAUUUCUUUUUUUGUUUCUGACACUCUCGUGGCCCCAAGCUGCAGCUGAAGACAGUGAAGCAAAUGCUUUGUUGAAAUGGAAACAAAGCUUUGACAACUACAGCCAAGGUCUCUUGUCAACUUGGAGAGGUAAUAGUCCAUGCAGAUGGCAAGGAAUUCAGUGUGACAAAUCCAACUCUGUCUCCAACAUUGAUCUUCCAUUUUAUGGACUUAAAGGUACACUCCACACUCUCAACUUCUCCUCAUUCCCAAACCUCCUCGGCCUGAAUAUCUACAACAAUUCCUUUUCUGGAACCAUACCCCCACAAAUUGGUAACAUAUCCAAAGUAAAUGUUUUGAAUUUUUCUUUAAAUUUUUUCCAUGGUUCCAUCCCUCAAGAAAUGUGGAAACUAAUGAGUUUACAGAAACUUGAUAUUUCCUGGUGUCAACUAAGUGGAGAGAUUUCUAAUUCCAUAGCAAACUUGUCCAACCUGUCAUAUCUAGAUUUAGGUAGCAACAAUUUUUCAAGCCACAUUCCUCCGGGGAUUGGAAAGUUGCACAAGUUAGAGUUUCUAGGUAUUGCAGGUAGUAAGCUUUCUGGUUCCAUUCCUCAAGAAAUUGGAAUGUUGGCAAACCUUACGUAUAUUGAUUUGUCUCGAAACUCUCUCUCUGGUACUAUUCCUGAAACAAUAGGUAACAUGAGUAAUUUAAAUAUACUUGUGCUUUCUAAUAACUCCCUAUCUGGGCCAAUCCCACCCUCCAUAUGGAACAUGUCUAACUUGACCUUGCUCUACCUUGAUGCCAAUAAACUUUCUGGAUCAAUCCCUGCUUCCAUAGAAAACUUGGCCAAUAUAGAGCAUCUUGCACUUGAUCGCAACCACCUUUCCGGAUCCAUUCCUUCCACCAUUGGAAACUUGACAAAGCUCAUUGAGUUGUAUUUAUUAUUUAACAAUCUUUCUGGAUCAAUUCCUCCCUCAAUAGGAAAUUUGAUCAAUUUGAAUGUCCUUAGUCUCCAAGCAAACAAUCUCUCCGGAACAAUUCCUCCCACAUUUGGAAAUUUGAAAAUGCUCACCAUUUUGGAAUUGUCCACCAACAAACUUAAUGGUAGCAUUCCACAAGGCUUGAAUAACAUUACCAACUGGUACUCCUUGUUACUAGCUGAGAAUGAUUUCACAGGCCAUUUACCACCUCAAGUUUGCUCUGCUGGGACACUAGUGUACUUUAAUGCUUUUGGCAACCGUUUCACGGGUUCUGUGCCAAAAAGCUUAAAGAAUUGCUCUAGUAUUGAAAGAAUCAGGCUGGAAGGAAACCAAUUGGAAGGAGAUAUAGCACAAGACUUUGGAGUAUAUCCAAAUUUGGAAUACAUUGAUUUGAGUGACAAUAAAUUUCAUGGUCACAUCUCACCAAACUGGGGGAAGUGCCACAUUCUUGAAACCUUGAAGAUAUCCAACAAUAAUAUUUCUGGUGGUAUACCAAUAGAACUUGUUGAGGCAACCAAGCUAGGCGUGCUUCACCUUUCUUCUAACCACUUGAAUGGAAAGCUUCCAAAUGAAUUAGGGAAUAUGAAAUCGUUAUUUCAACUCAAGAUUAGCAAUAACCAACUUUCUGGAAACAUUCCAACAGAAAUUGGAUUACUGCAAAAUCUUGAAGAUUUGGAUCUGGGAAAUAACGAGUUGAGUGGCACAAUACCAAAAGAAGUUGGGGAAUUACACAAGUUACGGAAUUUGAAUUUGAGCAAGAACAAAAUUGAAGGAAGCAUUCCCUCUAAGUUUAGCCAAUCUUUAGAAUCUCUUGAUCUUAGUGGCAAUUUGUUGAGUGGAACAAUACCAACAAAUCUUGGAGGUUUGCAAAGCUUGUUCAUGUUGAAUCUCUCACAUAAUAGUCUUUCUGGUACCAUUCCUUCCACUUUUAGCAGAAUGUUGAGUAUUGUCAAUAUAUCAGACAACCAAUUAGAAGGGCCACUUCCAAAUAUUCCUGCUUUUCUUGAUGCUUCAAUUGAAUCAUUGAAAAAUAACAAAGGCUUAUGUGGUAAUGUCACGGGUUUGGUUCUUUGUCCAACCAGCCAUAAUCGAAAGAGCAACAAAGUCAUCCUAGUGGUAUUCCUUAGUUUAGGAGCUCUACUGCUAGUGUUGUGUGGGGUUGGACUUUCAAUGUAUAUUUUGUGUCGCAGUAAAAGAAAGGGAAAAAGUCAUUCUAAUUCUGAAGAAGCACAAAAGGAUGUACUCUUUUCCAUAUGGAGCUAUGAUGGGAAAAUCAUGUUUGAAAACAUCAUUAAAGCUACAGAGAGUUUUGAUGACAAAUAUCUCAUUGGAGCGGGAAGUCAAGGAUAUGUUUACAAGGUGGUGUUGCCUUCAGGUUUGGUUGUUGCCGUGAAGAAACUUCAUUCGGUGAUAGACGAGGAAAUGUCAGAUUUUAGUUCAAAGGCUUUUGCAAGUGAGAUUCAAGCCUUGACAGAAAUCAAACACCGCAACAUCAUAAAGUUGCAUGGAUUUUGCUCACAUUCACAGGUCUCAUUUUUGGUUUAUGAGUUCAUGCAAGGGGGAAGCUUGGAUCAAAUGCUGAAGAAUGACACACAAGCAAUUGCAUUUGAUUGGGAAAAGAGAGUGAAUGUUGUUAAAGGUGUGGCCAAUGCUUUAUCUUACUUGCAUCAUGAUUGCUCAUCUCCUAUUGUUCAUCGUGACAUAUCAAGUAAGAAUGUUCUUCUGGAUCUUGAAUAUGAAGCUCAUGUCUCUGACUUUGGGACUGCUAAGUUUUUGAAGCCUAGUUCAGAUAGUUGGACUCAAUUUGCAGGCACCUUUGGGUAUGCUGCUCCAGAGUUGGCCCAGACAAUGGAAGUGAACGAGAAAUGUGAUGUUUUUAGUUUUGGAGUACUUGCUUUGGAAAUCAUUAUGGGAAAACAUCCAAGAGAUAUCAUUUCUCAACUUAUGUCACCAUCUAUGGCACCAACUACUAAUGAUUUGCUGUUAUCUGAGGUUUUAGAUCAACGGCCACCUCAACCUACGAAAGUAAUUGAUGGGGAGGUGAUCUUAAUUGUAAGGUUAGCACUUGCUUGCUUGAGUGAAAAUCCACGUUCUCGCCCAACCAUGGAUCAAGUAUCUAAGGCUUUUGGAACAGGGAAAUCACCUUUGGAUGACCAAUUUCCUAUGAUCAGACUAGGACAACUCCGUUGAAUCAUUGGAAUACUCAUGUAUUUUGUUUCCUUUUUAUUCUCGUGUUUCUCAUGUAUGCUGUGAGCUUACGUGCCUUGUUCAUUGUAUACGUCAAGUACAAUAUUUGAAAAUACUAAUUUGUUCAAGUAAAUUAAUGUUUAA